GGACCGUUUAGGGUUAGGUCGGGUCUUAAGGGCGAUACGUACAUUUUCCUUCAAUUUUUCAGUGAAUUAUUUUUCAUAAUUUGUAGCAUUUUUUUUAGAAUUGUAUCAUGGAAUGUCCACAUGUUAAUGAAAAUGUUAAAAUCGAAGCACCUAUUACGCAGAAAGAUACAAAGGAAUGGCUAUGCGCAGAAUGUUCAAGUAGUCAACAACCAUGGAUGUGCCUAUACUGUGGGGUUGUUCAUUGUGGCCGAUAUGUUAAUCGACAUGCAUUAGAACAUUGGGAAAAACAAGGAAAUCACAGCUUAUGCUUAGAUUGUGUUAAUCUUACUGUUUAUUGCUAUUGGUGUCAAGAAUAUGUUGGGAAUGAUACUGUCUCAGGUCUGAUAAGUCAACUCAGGGGAGCCUUAUUAUCUUGGAAUGGCGAAAGUGACAGUAAGAUUACAAAUGAUUCCUGGCAACCAGCUACUGACAUUCAACAAACACGAAAUCUUAGGCCAAGAACUAGAAAGAGAUCUCAUUCUAAUGACAGUAGUAGUACUGGCAGUUCGGAGAAUAUACAAUGUAAAACACGGGGCAAAACACGACGUAAAGGUGAGCAUGACAACAACCACCGCAAAACACAAAAAAGGGAAAAACUGCAGAAGCGUGUCGUAGGACUGAGGAAUUUGGGAAAUACUUGUUUCAUGAAUGCUGUUCUUCAGUCCCUGAGUAAUAUUGAGGAGUUCUGUCUUUAUUUUAAAAAAUUGCCAUCCUUGGAAGGAAUAAAAGGCCGAAAUAAAGUUUAUCAAUCUCGCAGUAUUAAAGAACUUAAAGAUGCGAUAAUGGCUGAGGAAUUAAGAAAAAUUCUGAUUAAUUUGACUGACCAAGGGGCAAAGGGUGCUAUAUCUCCUGAGUCUUUGUUUCUUGUCAUAUGGAAAGUAGUCCCUCGAUACAGGGGUUAUCAACAGCAAGAUGCUCAUGAGUUUCUCCGCUACAUGUUAGAUAGACUUCACACAGAGCUGUUGCAUCUGUUACCAGAUUUUACGCUUAAAGAUUUCUCUCACAAAAAUAAAACCUCUAUUGUGACAUCUGUUUUCGGGGGAACAUUACAGUCUGAGGUUAGAUGUCUGAAUUGUGGAACAGAAUCUAAAAAACAUGAUCCCUUUCUGGAUUUAUCUCUAGACAUACCUGAAAAAUGUGUAAAUCAGAGGAAAUGUAAAGAUAGUGCAGAAGAUUCACCUCCUUGUAAUAUAUUAGAUUGUCUAACCAGUUUUAUAGAAGUAGAGGAGCUGGCUGAAACAGAGUUGUAUUAUUGCAGUAAUUGUAAAAGCAAACAACGGUCUACUAAAAGGUUUUGGAUUCGGAGGCUUCCAAAUGUAUUAUGUCUGCAUUUGAAGAGAUUUAGAUGGAAUAAUUUUUUUCGAACUAAAGUUGAUACUCAUAUUUCAUUCCCAGUAAUUGCGUUAGAUAUGUCACAGUUUGUCUUAAGCGACUUACCAGACACUCGAAGUUCUGGAACCCAUUUGUAUGAUUUAGCUGCUGUGAUUGUACAUCAUGGAGGUGGAUCAGGCUGUGGACAUUACACUGCUUUUGCGAUCCAUGACGGUCAGUGGUUCCAUUUCAAUGAUAGUAUGGUUCGGCCUACUGAAAUUGAUGUAGUUGCCAAAUGCAAACCUUAUAUCCUAUUUUAUAUUAGAAGAGAAUUCAGGCUACCCUCAGUGAAGUCCUGAAACCUGGCUGCUCUUUCUUCUUUGAAAACUUGUGAUAAUUUUCCUCAGUAUAUAGAGUUUUCUUAAUUUUGAUGUGCUAUCUGGACAAAAACCUUCCAUGACCUCCUCAGUCUUUUCAAUGAUUGUGAUGAAAGCUCAAGGAUUUUAAUGAGUUAUUUUAAUUUAUUUCAGAGAUUUUUUUCCCUGCGUAUUUGAAUGGGAAUUGAUGCGCAUGUAUAUAAAUUACAAUAACUGAUAAGAUUGAAAAAAAAAAAUAAAGAAUCGAUUUUAUGGUCAUAAAUAGAAAUAAUUAAAAGUGAUUUAAUUUAGACUAUUUGUUUGUAAGUGUAUUGAUACAAAAUAUUUU